AUGCGCGUCAACCCGACAGGUACAGGGUCUGCCGCACAGACGGUCGCCUCCGGCUUGGAGUCAGGGAGUAAGAUCGAUCAGCGAGAGGCUGGCAGCGACGAAGAUGCUUCCUGCGGGAUGCCCUCUGCAGAAGACAGCUGGCAGCGAUAUCCUGAAGUGAAAAAUCGAGUGCAGGGCCUGUCGCGGGCGCUGCGGUAUGACGCUGCCUUGUCCACGAUUGCAGCAAACUACGGCUCCUGCACCUCCGCCCCGUCCUCCCCCGCAGCCUUUCCGCAUGCGUCCUCGCCAGCGCCGUCCUCGGCGUUCCCACCUCUGUCCGACGGCUCUCUGCAGUCGUGCGCGUCUCUCGCCGAGCGGCGGAGACAGGCCGCAGCUCAGCUUUUCAACCGAGUCGUGCAGUCCUGCGCCUUCUACGCGACUUUGCCGGUGCUGGCGAAGACCUUCUGCCUCCUCCUUCCCGCCUCUCUGGUGGUCGAUGCAGUCCACGAGCUUCGGCAGGCCGAGCGCCUGCGAAGACACACGGAUGCCGUUCUCCACAGCGAAAGCCCGGAGGAAGUGCUGGGAGAAGCACGCUCUCUCUCCAGCGACGCCACGCGCGGCGACGCACCACGCGACGGGGAAGCCGAAGGGCGGCGCAGGGGUAGAAUACACACCGCUCAGGCGCCGCCGCGGGAAGGAACCGAGAAGGAAGAGGGAGGAAACCCAGAGGCGACUGAAAAAGACAAGCUCCUUCUCCGCGAAGGCUUGGGAAAUUCAGGAGACAGUCGACGCCUUGCCUUGGCCGGCGAGCGUGGUGGAGAUGACCUCGGAACGGCGGAGAAGGCAAACCACGUGGGCGCUCCGAGCGAAGUUGAUGUUGGUCUCACUUUCCAGGCGACCGAGCGCGGAGACGGACAAGAAGCUGGCAGGGGGGCGCCCGCGGCCGCACAGAUGCCUCUCUUUGUUGCCCUUGUGGAGGCCUUCGACACGUUCUCGCAGGUCCUCGACACAGACCGAUGGCUGCUUUCUCCUGCGUACGAGCAUCUGCUCGCUUUCUGGAGGCGAACGAAGCUGACGGCGUCGGAGGGCGUCCAACAGGGGCAGUGCGUCGGUGAAGAAAAGCGAGAAGAUGGUUCAUACAAUGCCCCGUUAACUCGCGCCGAAACCUCCUCGCUUGCUUCCACGUCGCCUUCGUCUACACCGGCGUCACAGUCCGCAGUUGGCGCGGCGGCCGAAAAACACGCACGUGUUUACGAGAAAGCGCGGUCGCCCUGUUCAGACAAGGACACCGAACGGGCGAAUCGCCGGGAGCUGGUCUCCGCGUUGCUGAGAGUGCUGAUGCAAGGGGACGUGGCUAUCGCUGAGAACGCGUCACUCUCUCCUGCUUUCGCUCAGCAAGUUGCGGAGGGACGGUCUCCAAGAGCGCGCAGAGGGAAGGGCGACUGCUAUGCGGCUCGGCCGGCUGCGUCUCCCUCGCCGGCUAACGAGCCCCGUCAGGGCAGCGUUUCGGAAGCGCACGAAGAACACGAAACGCGGGCGGGAGGAGAGAGUGAACGACUCGCGCCUCUCUUUGAGUUCCUCGAGGACGCGGCAGAAGCGCGCGCAGGCCACGUUGGCAAGGAGCUGAAAAGACGGAGACUCGAGCGGUGUCAAGAGUUGCUGGAACACGCGGCGCGCCCGUGCGACAUCCCUCUUGUACCUCGGUACGAGGCGACGACCGGGAUGAGGCAAGAGAUCACGCAACCACCGAGAGAGGAGCCAACUGCUUGCAGCGGCGGAGCCGGGAUAGUGGAAGGGGGAGAGGCCGCGGAAACCGGCAAGAAGGCGCACGGCGAACACGCGUUUGAAUCAAAGAAGGAUACUGGCGCAUGUCCAUCCACUGACGCCGGCGCAAGCUGUUUCUUGCCUUUGGGGGAGGCGGAGCUGCGUCUGCCUUUCCCUAUUUCUCUUCCCCUGUGUGUGAGCAACGGGCCGCGCGACGAGCGGACAGGUCUACUCGCUUCACGCGGCGGAGAGGCCACGCUUCUUGCUGGCGGUCUCGGGUUCUUCGGAGACUCUCACACCCACGUGCUUCUGCUGGGCGCCUCCCUCGCGGCUGGGAACAUUGGGGAAGCCCGGAGACAGCUGAGUCUCCUCGAGACGAAAACCAGCUUCUUGGAGUUCCCCCCGCUCUCGCAAGGCGGAAACGACUGCCAAAUAAGCAAGUGGCUUCAGAUCCUCCAGCCUACCUUCGUGCGCCGCCUCGAGGCCGCGGGUCUCCUGCAUGCCGAGCCGCGGUCCGGCCGUGGAGACCGGCCCGCAGGCGCGCGCCAGACAGCGGCGGCUCCACAUCGAGAGCUGGCGAGAGAAACUCAAGGGGGAGGCGCCCAGGAGGCGACCGGCCUCCCACGGAGUUCAGAAGACGAGAGAGAGGCUCUGCGGGUGCUGCUCGCAGCAUUUGUCGAAGCCACAGAUCAGGCCGAGCGGUGUCCACGAGACAAACAUCGGCAUGGCGCAGCUCUAUUUCGCGCUGGCACGGUGGACAAAGCUGGUGCUUCGGAUUCCGCGUCGCUGCAUGCUUCUGGCGCGGCGUCGCGCUGUUCUUCGAGUUGCUCGUCCUUGUCAGCCGCAGCUUCCCGCGUCUUCUCCGGUCUUUCAUCUUCUGCGGCUCGAGUUGCAUCGGCGGCAAACCCCUGUGCUUCACUAUCUCCUUCUCCCUCCGCCCAGCUCGCAUCUCCUGUCUCGGCUUCAAAAUUCCCUUCAUGUGUCGUCUCGUUCGCCUCACCUGAGUCGAAGGUCCUUUGCGGGGGGCGGAACUUCGUGCUGCGCCGCGAGACAAAGAAGAAGGGCUCCCGACAGAGCGAAUCGCGCAGAGGAAGCAGAGGCGAAGGCGAAGAGAAUCCGCCGGAACGACAAACACGCAGAACAGACUGCAUGCCUGCGUCAGAGGACCGAGGCGCUCCGCGGAGGCCUAGUGACCCGUUGGAGCCAGAGGGCGAGCCCAAGAGGGAGGGCAGCGCGAGCGCGACGAGUGCGAAGGAGACAGAAAGUGACGGAAAGGCGUCUAAACAGAAACGCGACCAGAAGGAGGAGCAACAGAAACAAAUCGACUUCCUCGUUAUCCAUGCAGAGGUCGACUGUCUCUCUCAGGUUCCUCCCGAGGCGGCUCAGGGGGCGGCGGUGUGCAUCGUGGAGCUGGACCCGGCAGGCCUCGGCUACGAGGCCGCCCACCCGUGCCCCAUGUGCCUCCAGGCGCUGCAGUCUCGAGGCGUGUCUCGUGCGUUUUUCACCACCCCGUUUGGCAUUCGAGGCUCCUCUAUUCGCCUCGACGAGACUUCGGCGCGCAGGUCUACACCGGCGCCUUUGGCCUUUGCUGAGGAAGUCUUGGCGGCGCGGAGAGAGCAGAGAGAUGACCAGCAACGCUAA